UUUUUGUUUUUGUUAAUGGUUGUUAAACCACACCUUUUGGGAAGAAACUCGUUUGGCUGCAAUCUGCGCCGUCAAAAGAAUCUGACCAAAGCGCACUGGGACAGAAAGGAUUACCCGAGCCGCGGCGAGAAGAGCAGUGAAGUGUCCCGAACAGUGAACGACUCAGGUCCCCGCUCAGUGAUGGAACUGUUGCCCCAGUUUGUGCUGCUCUGCGCGUUGUGUGGCGCUGGCUAUGGAGCAGAAGAGCUCGCGUAUGUUCCUGAAAUAUUGCAGGCUACUAUCAUAGGAAAAGUGAGCCAGACCACAUUUGCACUUGAACAGCCGCACUGUGUGUUUGAUGAUAUUCAAACUGACUGCAACCUCUGUGAAAUUUGGUUGGUCGUGGAUAACACAACACGUGCGUCAACUUUUGAUAACGACAUGAAUACCCUGACUCCCACUGCAGCCAUGUAUCAAAGUUUUUUGUUGAAUGGUUUUUAUAUCACCGUUAAGACAGCGAGGAGCGAUUACACAUGUCUGUCAACCACGUCUCCUAUUGGCCAAGUGUACACCUUGCGAGUGGGGGAUGAGAUUCCUUGCACAACCAACAACUGCAACGCACCCUUAGAUCCUGGCUCGUUGGUCAGAGUGCGAUAUGCGAUGAUUAAUCCACUUGUAACUACUAACAACGUUAUUGCAGUAACAGCAUGGUCCAGCGACAUCCAACUCAAUAAUGCCGCCGAUCAAAAUAUCAUUGACACCUCUACACGUUGGAGUGCAGGGAUGAUCGUAAUAACCACAAUACUCACUAUUCUGCUGAUCUUGCUGCUGCUGCUGUUUAUAGUCAUGCUCGCUUUGUCUUGUUGUAGUAAAACGGAUAGUUACCCUGGUCCUCUGAGCUCAUUUGGCUCCAUCCGCGAGUACAGCACUCACAGCUUGAAAGAUCCGCGAAGCCAUUACAAGCAGAACUUGUAAGGCGAUGUGAGCGACUACACAUCCAUGAAUCCAGCAGCAGUCUUCUCCUGCGAACCUCCUCCAUCAUCUGACUUCACAGCGAAAUAUCCCAAAGCACUCAGUGGAGUUUCUGUUUGGAACAAUGAAGUGUACUUAUGCUGACGAUCCAGACAUGUAGUGCGGAUAAUUCCAUGUUCAUUUUUUCUCCCUUUUAGAUACCACAGGUCUCCUUUCUGAAUGUAAAAAAAAUGCAUGCAUAAUGACAGAAAUGUUUUUAUACUUGUUAUUGUGAAAUUAUUGUUUUGAGCUCCUCUCAGCUGUUCACCCCAUCGCUCCCUGACAUGUUGGCCAUUGACACCAAGGGGAAACUAUUCGAUCAUUGUCUUAGCAUUCAAAUGAAUCCUCAUAUUGUACCCAACUGUUUAGAAGACUUAGACUGAUGCUUUUGACUGAUCCAACAUUUUUUCACAGAGCACUAUAGCUGCUGUCCAAUUCUUGGCCUUAUCUGCAUGCUCUGCUUUUCAUUAUCCAAAGAGUUGGUGAGUAGGCCUUGGUCUGAAAAGGGGUCUCGACUCGAAACGUCACGCAUUCCUUCUCUCCGGAGAUGCUGCCUGUCCCGCUGAAUUGCUCCAGCAUUUUGUGUCUAUCUUCGGUGUAAACCAGCAUCUGCAGUUCCUUCCUACGCAUGAGUACGCCAAUAUGUUGCUCGUUAAUCUGAGCGUAAGGCUUUCACUUCCAUCAGCGGUGUCGUCUGCCUCAUUGUGACAAGGAAAGGGUUCAGUUUGAUUGGGUUUCCCUUGAACAAUUGUGGAUUUGGAGCUCGCUGCAUUCCGUGUAUAAAACAUUGACACUCCUUUUGCUGCCUAUUCUCUCCCAACUUUAUUAAACGUUUUCUAAACAGUUACAGUGCCCCUUCACUAUCAGACUUUUUUUAAACAAUUGAGCUCAAUGGGCAGCUCAGUCGGUCUCUUCCUGUAGCUUCCCAAUGCAUCUGAUGAUGGUGUCCCUACUGAAAUGGGAGCUCAGAAGUCUCUGGUGUACAUUGCUCCCACAAGCACACACAGCUCUGUGCUAAAGUGGAAAAUUGACCAAAUGCCUAAACUUCUGAAUUGGAGAUCUUUGAACAUUUUAAUUUUAUUUUUUGCACUCCAAACAAGGCACUGCUAGACAAAGAAGUGAUUUAAGACUGAAUGGACAUUGUGGAGUUUUGUUUGAAGAGCAUUAGGUUGGGAAGAAGGCCAGAGUGAAACGUGUGUCAGGAGAGUACUGUUUCUCAGUUCAGAGCAUCGCCCUUGGUGUC